CGCUCUCGUUCUCACCUCUCGCUCUCUCUCUCUCUCUCUCUCUCUUCUAAACAACCCUUGUCCUAUACAUACAAUACAAUACACGAAAUCUAUCUGUAUAUGUUCAUCUCUGCGACACCACGCACGAAAAGACCGAGUUUUGGAAUCCAAACGCGACGAACAUGAAAUUCUGGAAGCAUCUCUGCGAACUAAUCGAUCAAACCUUUCCUGAAUGGCGAGACAAGUUCUUGACCUACAAGGAUCUCAAGAAGCAGUUGCGUCUGAUCUACCCCAAAGAUGGCGAGACUAGUUGUACUACUAGUAGCGUCGUUAAACGCCGCAAAUUGACCGACGACGGCGGAGCGGAGGAGGAGGAGGUUGUGACGAAGGAGGUGAUCGAUUUUGUGAGGCUGUUGGAGGAUGAGAUUGACAAGUUCAAUGGUUUCUUCGUUGAUAAAGAGGAAGAGUACAUCAUCAGAUUAAAGGUUUUGCAAGAUAGGGUAGCAGAGGUUCAGGAUUCAAAUGAAGAGUUGAUGACUGUAGGGAGGGAGAUUGUAGAUUUUCAUGGAGAGAUGGUUCUAUUGUUUAAUUACAGUGCCCUUAACUAUACAGGACUGGUGAAGAUACUGAAGAAAUAUGACAAGCGAAGUGGUGCCCUAAUUCGAUUGCCUUUCAUCCAAAAGGUUUUGCAUGAACCAUGCUUCACAACUGACAUUCUUAACAAGCUUGUGAAGGAGUGUGAGAGAAUGCUUGAUCCAUUUUUCUCAAUGAAUGAGCAAUUGGCUGCAUCAUAUCAAGCCGCUAAAGGGAAAGAAGAGCUCAACACCCCGACUAUUCCCACAAGUGAAGGCAGGCUCGAGGAAGUUCCUGAAGAACUUGCAGAAAUUAAAAACAUACAGAGUAUGUACAUGACGCAAACCUUAAAAGCGUUGGAGGUCUUGAAUAAGAUUCGAAGUGAAAGUUCAACAGUAAGCAUGUUUUCAUUGCCUCCACUGAAAAUUAAUGAGUCAGAUGCAGCAUGGAAAAAAAGUGUUGUUAUAGAGCAAGCAGCUAAGUAAUUUGGGGGAGUCUCAUUCAGUGGUGUAUUAGAUCCCCAUGUUCAAACCAAGACUCUGUGGACCUCUGUAUAACUUCUUUUGUAGAUUUUUUAUUAAUUUUUUUUUUUUUUUCUUUCUGAAAGCUUUUCAAUAGAAGCUGCUGCUUUCUAUAUGACUACAAUGUUACUCCUUUGUGCUCCCUUUUUUGGCGGUCAAGCUUCACUUGGUCUGGUUUGGUUUGUUUUGUGACAAAUAAUAUUUUGAAUGAUUUUUGGGUUGACUGUGAAAUUAAUGUUAAAUUAUGACAAAGUCCAGGGGGUGUUGUUA